GGAAGUAUUGCGUCGCCAGCGUCGCCAUUUUCCGUCUGAAUUCUGUCUGAGUAACUGUGAGGUUCUGCGAUUUACACAUUCCGAAAAUUGCAGCGAAAGCACGAUGUCCUCAGCGAGCGGUGAUGAAGCCGAGGUCGCUUUGGCCGAACCAGUGAGACGCACCAGAUCGGGUCGGGCCCGAAAAACAACAGUAGCCAAGAAACCACCUGUGAAGAAGCUUCUCGCCCGGGCGACGCGCUUUCCCAGGAAGGUCCACGAGAAUGAGGAAAUUGAAGAAGAGACUACAUCUAUGUUGGAAGAGGAGGUGAUAGAAAGUAUGCCUGAGAAUGGAGUUCCACGUGUGAUAGACAUUAUCAUGGAACAGCGUAGCGACGAAGAUUCUUCCACAUUGCAUUUGCAAUUAGAGGAUUCUGAAGACACUAAUAUACAGGAAAUGAAUAUGGAUCAAAAUGAAGAAAUAGAACAAGACGUUGAAGAAAUAGAGCAUUCCAAUAUAAGAUCAGAGGGCAUAAUUAUGGAAGAAAGUAGUAUGGACAAAGUAGAGAUACUGGCUGAACGUGGAGACAUCAAGGUGGAAGGUCAAGAUGUCCAAUUGGAAUGUCAAGAUGUUGAGAUGGAAGGUCAAGACAUCAGUAAUGAUGACUCGAAUCAACGUGUGUUGAUAGAUUUUCAAGAAGUUAUCAAUGAAGAUGGCAACACAAUGACGCAAGAGAUCUUAGAAGCAGAGGAGGUUGAUGAUUCAGAGAACAUGUCAACACAUACUGGUACUAGGAUCCAAGUUAUGGAAAUUGACGAGCAAGAAAUAUCAGAAGAUGUGGAAACAGUAGAAACAGUGGAAACUGUAGAAGCAGUGGAAACAGUGAUGGAUAAGAUAGAAGAACCCGAAAUGGAAGUGUCACAGAGUGAUUCCCUACCGCGUAUAGAAAUAACUGCAGUUGAAAACGAAGAAACUGAAGAAAUACAAGAAUAUAUAACUGAAGAUGAUACAAAGAAAAUCGGACCUGAUACAGAGGCUGUAUCAGAGGACGAGUUACCGACUGAAGCUGCAGCCAAGGAACCAGAGACUGAAGCAGUUUCUGACGAAGAGCUGCCGGUUGCUGCUGCAGCAGACUUGGGCGAAACUGAGUCUGUAUCUGAAGAUGAAUUGCCACCAGACAGCGAUAAAAAAAGAAAGCAUGGGGCGAAAUCAAUAAAAACAUUGGAAAAGAAAACUAAAGCAGAAGGCGGAACUAAACGUAAAUUAAAUGCGGAAGGAGAAUAUGAUCCCAGUUCUCCGACGUCUGAGAACAAUGACGAGGCACCGGCAAAAAAGGUUGCCUUAUCGAGCGACGCAGAAGCGGGAGAUAAGCAAGAAAUCAAGCCAGCAUCGCCAAAAAAGAAAACAUUGCCCGAACUAGAAAAAUAUUGGAAAGCCGUUAAUGAAGAUCCAUCUGACUUUACAGGAUGGACGUAUCUCUUACAAUACGUGGAUCAAGAAAAUGAUGCAGAGGCUGCGCGCGAAGCUUACACCAAAUUCUUGGAGCGUUAUCCAUAUUGCUACGGUUACUGGAGAAAGUUCGCUGAUUAUGAGAAGAAGAAGGGCAACCCCGAAAAUGUUCAAACGGUUUUCGAUCAAGGUCUGAAAGCUAUUUCGCUAAGCGUCGACCUCUGGCUCCAUUACAUCAACCACUGUAAAACCGUCUAUGAAAAAGAUGAAGAGAAGCUCCGGGAGCAGUACGAACGAGCCAUACAAGCUUGUGGGCUUGAAUUCAGAUCGGAUCGUCUUUGGGAAAGCUACAUAAAGUGGGAAUCAGAGGGAAAACGUUUGAGCAGAGUGACAGCGCUAUACGAUCGUUUAUUGUCAACACCUACUCUUGGUUACACCUCUCACUUCGAAGCCUUCCAGGAAUUUGUGUCGUCCAACUUGCCAAAUCGUAUCCUAAGUGUGGACGAUUUCCUUGCCUUACGCGCUGAGGUAAAGGCUCUUCUCAAAUCAGAUGAUGCCACUGCGACGUCCGCUGCAGAUGACGCACCACCCGGCGAGGAACCACCGCCUCACGAAGUACCACCUACUGAUGAGGAGACUCGUGCCAUCCGUGAGAAGAUAAUUAGCAGCAGGCGCAAAAUGCAUAAAGCAAACGUCAAUGCGGUUGCAGCGAGAUGGACGUACGAAGAAGGGAUAAAGAGACCAUAUUUCCAUGUAAAACCAUUGGAACGGUGUCAGUUGAAAAACUGGAAGGAGUACCUAGAUUUCGAGAUUGAACAAAAGGAUCAAAAUCGGAUAAUCAUUUUAUUCGAGAGGUGUCUUAUAGCUUGUGCACUUUAUGAUGAAUUUUGGAUGCGAUUUGUACGCUAUUUGGAAUCGCUGAAGGGAGAUAACACAGAAAAAAUCCGAGAUGUGUAUUCGAGAGCUUGUAUGGUACAUCAUCCAAAGAAACCGAAUUUGCACUUGCAAUGGGCUAUCUUUGAAGAGGGUCAAGAUAAUUUCGAGACAGCUGCUACUAUAUUAGAAAAUAUUGAUAAUGUAUUACCAAAUAUGCUACAAGUGGCAUACCGUCGAAUAAAUCUGGAACGCCGUCGUGGAGACUUAGAAAAAGCAUGUAUCUUAUAUGAAAAUUAUAUUACUAAUAGCAAGAAUAGAACGAUUGCUAAUAAUAUUGCUGUAAAAUAUGCGCGAUUUUUGUGUAAAGUCAAGGAUGAUGUCGACAAGGCAAUUAAGGUGUUAAUGAAGGCCACAGAAAAAGAUAAAGACAAUCCCAGGCUAUAUUUGCAAUUAAUAGAUCUGGCAAUGCAACGAACGCCAGUUGAUACUCAAGAAAUAGUAGGCUACAUGGAUAUGUUUAUAGAAAGAGAACAUGCAGAUCUUGAACAAAGAGUGCUUUUUGCGCAACGUAAAGUAGAAUUCUUGGAAGAUUUCAGUCCCGACAUCCGGCAAGUCUUGAAGGCUCACGAACAAUUCCAGAAAUGCAUCAAGCAAGCGAAAGAGAGAAAGAAGACAAAGAGUGACGACAACAAAACCGAUUCUUCGCCUCCAAAAAAGAAAACCGACCAGUCGAAUGUACCACCUUCACCAUCCGUGGGUUCGCAGUCUUCAUACCAAUACAGUAGCGGCCCGAGCGGUCCUUAUCAAUCACAACAACAGUUUCAAGGUGGACAAUAUGGUGGUCAGGGCGGUUAUCAACAAGGUUAUCAGCAGUAUCCACCUCCAUCAGACCCCAAUUAUGCUAAUUAUCAAAAUUGGCAGUACGGUCAAGGUGGACCACAGGCUUAUGGACCUUAUAACCAGUGGGGAUCUUAUAAUUAUUAUUAAUAUCAGUCACAUAAUUGUCCCUAAGACUUAAAAUCAUAUUGUUAAUUGUGUCCUACUGUACAUUCUCUAGCUUUUAUUCUGUCGAUUUCGAAGUCAGACGAAGGAAUUAAUUGUUUAAGUACCUUGAUAUCCUUUGACAUAUAAAAGCUUAUGUGUCAAGCGUUUCUCUCUAAUCAAUAACUGAUAUCUAGCAUGGAUAUUUAAUAUAUGAAUAAACUGUAUA